AUAAGUUUGACUUGAUUCUGACAGUCGCGGGAGUGUGCGUGUUGGGAACGAGGCUCCAGGCAGGGGCCGCUUCCUGGGUGCGUUAGAAGCGUCACGCAGGACAGCGUUUAAGUGGUUAAACGGGCGAUGUGACGGCGAGUUUUGAGAAGAUAAGUUUAGAGCAGGUUGGUUGUGGAGGAGGACAAUAAUCCAAACGAGGGAAUUUCAGUAUUUUAUAAGGACACACAGCUAACUGGAAUAACUUGUGUUGAUAUAAUUUGGGAUAGAGGGCAGACGAGGGCAGCCCCGUGAGGGCAAGUGUGUGCUGUGGCGCUCCUGUUAGCGAAAGAUGAACAAGAACCACCGAGUGCCGAGCAACCGGUCUCUGGGCGCCGUGGAGGUGAAGAGCAAGUUUGGGGCUGAAUUCCGCCGGUUCUCCCUGGACCGGUCCAAGCCGGGCCGGUUUGAUGAGUUCUAUAGGCUCCUACAGCACAUGCACCGGAUCCCAAACGUGGACCUGCUGGUGGGCUAUGCUGACGUCCACGGUGACCUGCUGCCAAUCAACAACGAUGACAACUACCGCAAAGCCAUCUCCGUGGCUGACCCCGUGCUUCGCCUCUUCCUGCAGAGGAAAGAGGAAGCCGACUACUCUGCGUUUGGUCUGGACUCUCUGACCCGUCCCAAGAAGACGGUCCUAGCGGCCAUGUUGCUACGGCCUGAUGCCAACCGGAAGAAGCCCCUUGUGAUCAUCAGCCUGCCCAGGGACUUCAGGCCCGUCUCCUCCAUCAUCGACGUGGACAUCCUCCCUGAGACACACCGCCGGGUUCGCCUCUACAAGCACGGCCAGGAGAAACCGCUGGGCUUCUACAUCCGAGACGGCUCCAGUGUCCGGGUCACGCCCCAGGGCCUGGAGAAGGUUCCUGGGAUCUUCAUCUCCCGCAUGGUGCCUGGGGGCCUGGCUGAGAGCACUGGCCUGCUGGCCGUCAACGACGAGGUUCUGGAGGUCAACGGCAUCGAGGUGCAAGGCAAGUCUCUGGACCAGGUGACAGACAUGAUGAUCGCCAACAGCCACAAUCUCAUCGUGACGGUGAAGCCGGCCAACCAGCGCAACAACAUCGUACGGAGUGGCGGGGGCGGGGCAGCGUCCGGGAGCUCGGGACACUCGUCCGACAGUGGCACCAGUUUCUACGGCUACUCCUCCCCGGGCAUUGCCGUGGCGACGACUCCGGCAGACAUCAUCCAGAACUUCCAUCCAGAGGAGCUGGAGAGUGAUGAGGAUGAUGAGGACCUUGUGAUAGAGGUGGACGGAGAGGCCAUGCCCAUCCCACGGACCUCCUCGGCCAGCUGUACCAUACCCUUCAUUCCUCGCUACAUGCCCCACCUGGACCUCCGCACCACCAACGGAGCCCUGGCCUCCCACAACCGCUCCGGCUCACUGGGCACGCUCAGCACUGCCGACAGGGGCCUGGAGGGAAGGAGCUUAGAGGAGGAAGGCACCGUCAUUACACUGUAAACACACACUGUCGUAGUUGCAUAGUAUUUACGGGAACGCAAACACACAGUCUGACAUACACUGAAGCGUACUGUCAUGCAUACACAAAGAACGACAACAUCCACACAUGCGUUGCCAUAGUAUCGACACCGCCCUCCCUAUGCUGUCUGACAGACACAUUGAUUACCCGUGGUGUUUUGUGUGGAGGAGGAAAGUGACUCUGCCUCGGAGAAAGGCCUCCAACUUCUCAUUGACAACCAUAAAAAGCACUUGUUUCUAUUUAGUGAGGGAUGAGACUGUUUCUGUGGUCUUCCACUUGAGGGCAGCAAUGAGAUGCUACACUGUUGUUUUUUCAAUUUUGUGAACCAUAGGAAAGGACGGAUUUUAAUGAACAAACAAAUGAAUGAACGAAUGAAUGAUUGCAGACAUCUUUAGGCUUUGACCUUACCCUAGCUAUUCUGCCCUGGUUUGUUUGAUAGAGGAGACUACAUUUCACAAUCUGCUUUUGCCUUGUCACUUUGCAAACGACAACAACCAUUCCCCUAGGAGAUUACAGCUUGUGAUUUUGGGAACAAAAGUAAUGGCUUCUAUCCUACAUGUUACCAUAGUAACUACCAAAGAGUAGAGGUCUGCAAUAACACUCAGAUUUUAGUCUGAGGAGAAACGAUGUAUAUGGGUCUCUCUUCAUGGACCCGGACAUUAACCACUAUUCCUGUGUUUCGUCUCCAAGCUUUUAAUGUUGUUUAUCACAAGAAAAAAACUAGAAGCAAUUAUGUAAAGCAACUGAAAUGACAAAAUCUCUUAAAGGGGAAAUCUGUAAUUGCAACAUCCAAUUUUAGACUUUUAAAUGAAUGUAUUUGUGUGUGUGUGUGUGUGUGUGUGUACUGAUUCUUGAAGAAUAUAACUAAUAAAAGCCUUGUGAGCUUAGUUCUAUUGUCGAACCCCAUCAGAAUCCAAAAUUUAAGCUUGUUAUACCUCUUUGUUUUGUAGACUAGGUAAAUACAAACAAACACUGUAUAGCGUCAACAUGGUUAGAACUCUCAUUUUGUUAUCAUGCAUUGUCAUUCCUUGUAUCCGUAGAUCUGUCCAUGGGUUCGAGAGUGUUUUCAAUUCUAUAAACCCCAUCCUUCAGCCUUCUACCAAAAUAGUGGCGGGGAGUCAGUUUUGUUGUUUUGAGCUGCAGAUUUCCGCUCUAAAUAUUUUCAUUCUAUUUCUUUUACGGUUUUAUUUUAAUCUAAAAUGGUUCACUGUAUGAUUUUUUUAUUUUUUUUAUUUAGUUCAAAAUAAGUAUCUCAAUUCACUGUCACGGACCAACACCUCAUCUGACAGGUGUGCUGUCCCUGCCUGGAUGAAGAUCCAUCUUGUUUUUCAUCCAACUUCUCUUUCCUCACGACAAGGGCAAUUUCCCCACUUCGUGUACAUAGUGUGACAGAAUGUGAUUGUAAAUGUGAUUCUCUGAUUUCUCAGACAUGUUCUCUCUCUCGCUCUCUCGUCUCUGUCUGUCUGUCUGGUUUGGGAGGAUGUAUUUGUAACAACAGAUGGUGGCUUUCUUAGUUUUCCAACUCUUGAGUUCACUUGGAUGUGGCCUGAAUCAUUCACAUUUGAAGAGUGUUCUCGCUUCAUGUACAGUAUUUAUUCACUAUUUCAUUGUAUAUUGUUUGGAGUAAACCCUCAGUCGAUCUUCAACAGAAUGUGAUACUGGUAUAGAUGACUAGCUGGACUGUGACACUGAGUACCACAGAGAUGUUACGUAACUUAGAGCCAGGACGCUAAUGACCCUGGAGAGGAUGUCUGGGACUGUUAUAGAACCCAGUCUGCAGGAAGAAGUUAGAAUAUUUUGUCUUGCACACGCUCUCACACAUACCGACCCGGUCUCUGUGUUUGAGUAAGGUGGAGUUUGUCUAGCGCUAUGCAUUAUGACUUGGAUCAGGUGAUCAUUCCCACUUGUUCCUGGUCACAUGACAUCACCUGAUGACUGUACCUACCUGUUCAGGAAGGUGAACACCAGCAAGUUCAUUAGAAUGUCAUUAGUGUAGAGCCAACCGACUUCCCCAAAACACAAGACAGGAUAGCACUGCAGAACAUCCUCAUUCCAAUAGAUUGUAGUUUUAUUCUGUGUGUUUAGUUGCCAGUGAGCUUGUUGUGAAGUAUAAUGAGAAUUUAGACUAAGGCUGUACUCAACAUGUAAACAUUAAAUGACGCUAACAGACUCCACUGAGAGCAGAUGGUGUAUCGAUGUCCAUUUCUCCUAUUGCUUUUUACCAUCCUCUCUGAUGGGGAAACAAAAUGUUCUGGGAACAGUUGCCUCCCUCACCCCCCUCUCUCCUCCUCAGUCUGACUGCAAUGGGUCUUACCUGCAGAAAUACCUGAUGAGAAUCAUAAACACUGGAUCACUGUAAUCAGACAUGCCAUCUACCCAGAGUAGGGUAUCAUGUGAACUCCACUAGCCCUCCCUAUCAGAUAUGCCAUCUACCCAGAGCAGGGUAUCAUGUGAACUCAACUCCCCCUCCUUUUCAUACUGUGAGGUACAGUACUACUCUAUUCUGUUAUGGUACAGGGUGUAGAAGAGUUGGGAUUGCUUUCUCUCUCUCCCUCUCAUUCCAAACAGUUCUGGAACAUUCAAGGCAUGAUGAGUCACAUUUUAGAAUGGAAAGUAAAAAAAAAAAAAUUUAAAAAAUGAUCUGUUAAUUUAUUAUUGUUUUAACUACACAGGACAUGGGGAUCGUAACCACAACAACUAUUUAUUUUCUAAUCAUGUUUCUGUAUAUUCUUUUUCAUUGCUAAGUCAGUAAACAUUGUAAUGUGUUAUAACUGAUCCACUGUGUUAAUUCAUGGUUUAAUUUCAUUUUCUAAUCUGUUCUUUCCCUUUUUUUCAAAAGUGAUUUUGUUAAAUAGCUUAUUUUCUGUACAAACAGCUUCUAGGGGUUUAGAUUAUGACACUUUUCCUGUACUGUGAAUUCCUCUAUUCCUGGGAGAGACCUGUAUGUUUCAGAGAACACUAACCAGGCUGGGAGAGACCUGUAUGUUUCAGAGAACACUAACCAGGCUGGGAGAGACCUGUAUGUUUCAGAGAACACUAACCAGGCUGGGAGAGACCUGUAUGUUUCAGAGAACACUAACCAGGCUGGGAGAGACCUGUAUGUUUCAGAGAACACUAACCAGGCUUUGGAAUUUGGUUUGUCUGUUUGUUUUUUAA